AUGUAUCUCUCCAAGUUACUAUCCGUUGCUCUCCUCACUACCCUCACCGCUGCUGCUGCAACACCUUCCAAUCUUGAAGCGCGUGAGCAGAGCGGAUGUCGCCAGGCACACGCCGGACUCGCGCAAGCGUCUCAAUACUACACAUCAUUGUCUUCCCAAUGGCAUGGCAGCGCCAAGAACACGAUACUACAGCUUAUCAGGGAGCUAGAUUCUGAAGCCAACGACGUUGCACGGACAUGUGCCAAGCUUGCAGAAGUAGAGAAGAGCUCAAAGGAGUCUUUCUCGGGGGCUGAACAGGCCGCAAGUGAUAGAUUCUCGUAA